AAUAAAACGUCAUUAAAAAACCAAGACUUCUUACAUCAGCUUUCAAAAAUAUCCAGUGUUGCUCCAUAACCAGACAAAGGAGUGAAGUUUCUUUUUACAAUAAACCACACGCCAAUCCUUUUUUCCCUUCCCUCCAAAAGGUUUUCUUUCUUAUGAAUUCUCACACAUAAUUAGUGAAUACAGAUUAGCUUUUCAAUUUUCAGCCUUAAACUUGGUGAAUUCUUCAGUUUGUAGCAUCAAGUUUUGAUUUUUCAUUGUGGAGUUGCUGAAUUUUGGUUGAUUUUGGUGUAUAAAAGUGUACUGCAUUCUGGGGUUGCUGAAAUUUUGCAGUUUCUAGGCAGAUUUUGAUGCACGGGAUUUUUUUAUGAAUAGUGUGGUUGCUGGUAUUUUGCUCGUUAUCAGCAAAUUUUGAUCUAUGUUACUGAAUUUGGAUUUAUUCUUGUUUUGGACUAAAAUUGUUGCCUAUGUUUGCAAUUUUUGAACCCUAGGUGAGUAAGUCUGGUGAGUUUCAGUGGUUCUGGAGUUCAUCAGAUGAAAUGGAUAGUAAUGGGAAUGGCUCAACUAAAACCUAUAAAAACAUAGAGGAUGGGGUUGAAACUACUGGUCAGAGUUUGGACUGGACCAGUGAUGUUGGUUCGUUGGUUCAGUUGGAUAAAAAGUCGCUUGAUAAACAGUUGAGCAUAAGUAAUUUGGAAGUGCCUAGUAAUGCUGAUGAACGGUCUGAUGCUGUUUUCUCAGAUGAAUUAGAUGGCCAGAGGACACGUACUUCACCACUUGUGGGCAUUAGGUCUUCGGAUGAGCAUUCUGACGAGUGUUUGACUCCAGAAGUGAAAUAUCAGAGAACUCAUCCGCUACAGCCUUCUAGUGCCCCACCUCGACUUCGGGGAGGUUUGGAGCAUUGCAUUACUGCACCUGUGACUGCUCGCAGAAGUCUUUUCCUUGAAGGCCAGGAUAUGGCAUUUUCAAGAUCUAUGACUGAGAGGAGAUUGGAUAGACUUUCUGAACGUGAGAAGCAAAAGCUCAUUGUGGAGCUGGUAAGGAUACAAAGAGAUGGAACAGUGGAGGUUGACCUUACUAAGAGUACACCUGUAGCUUCUGAAUUGUUGGAACUACAAUCCUUUGAAGGAACCAUUCCUACUGUAGACAGGAUUAUCACGGAUUUUAAUAAGUCAGUUCCGAAGUUGAAAAUUGCGGUGCUUGUUGUUGGAACCAGGGGAGAUGUUCAACCAUUUUUGGCCAUGGCCAAGAGACUUCAGGCGUUUGGUCAUCGUGUCAGGCUGGCAACUCAUUCUAACUUCCGCGAUUUUGUAAAAUCAGCAGGCGUAGAAUUCUACCCAUUGGGUGGUGAUCCUCGGAUAUUGGCAGGAUAUAUGGCCAGGAACAAAGGUCUCAUUCCUUCUGCGCCAGGAGAGAUAUCUGUACAACGAAAACAGAUAAAAGCUAUAAUUGAAUCUCUUCUUCCGGCUUGCACUGAGCCAGAUACUGAAACUGGUGAACCUUUCAGGGCACAAGCAAUUAUCGCAAAUCCUCCGGCAUAUGGACAUGCACACGUCGCUGAAGCUCUUGGGGUACCCCUCCACAUCUUCUUUACAAUGCCCUGGACGCCAACUUAUGAAUUUCCUCACCCGCUGGCUCGUGUACCUCAAGCUGCUGGGUAUUGGCUAUCUUACAUAGUUGUGGAUUUGCUGAUCUGGUGGGGCAUAAGAAGUUACAUCAAUGAGUUUAGGAAAAAGAAGCUGAAUCUUCCUCCUAUAGCCUACUUCAGUACGUACCAUGGAUCAAUUUCUCACUUCCCAACUGGCUACAUCUGGAGUCCCCAUGUUGUGCCAAAACCUAAAGAUUGGGGCCCUUUGGUUGAUGUAGUUGGCUAUUGCUUCCUAAACCUUGGGAGUAAUUACCAACCUCCAGAAGAAUUUAUCAAGUGGAUCCAAAACGGGUCUAAACCCGUAUAUAUUGGGUUUGGGAGCAUGCCUCUUGAGGAUUCCCCGAAAACUACAGAUAUAAUUUUGGAGGCACUGAAGAAUACUGGGCAGAGGGGAAUCAUUGACCGAGGUUGGGGAGAUCUUGGUACUUUUCAAGAGAUUCCUGAAAAUGUUUUCCUUCUCACGGAGUGCCCUCAUGAUUGGCUUUUUCCUCAAUGUUCAGCUGUGGUUCAUCACGGCGGUGCUGGAACCACAGCAACAGGACUACGUGCUGGGUGUCCAACAACUAUAGUACCAUUCUUUGGUGAUCAAUUCUUUUGGGGCGAAAGAAUUUAUCAGAAGGGACUGGGACCUGCUCCUAUUCCUAUAUCACAGCUUAGUGUGGAAGGACUCUCUGAUGCUAUAACUUUUAUGCUCCAGCCUGAUGUGAAAUCCCGAGCAAUGGAACUAGCUGUAUUAUUAGAGAACGAAGAUGGCGUUGCAGGUGCAGUUGAUGCUUUCCACCGGCAUUUGCCUCCAGAAAUGCCAUUGCCAACCCCACCUUCUGAGCAAAGCGAUGGUCCAAAUCCGUUACAGUGGCUUUUCACGAGGAUAGGAAGAAUCUGUUGCCUGCCUUGUGGUACUUAGUUGAGAGUGCACCAUAGAGUAGUAUAGUUUAAGGUAUUUCAUUUUAUUUAUUAAUUGGUUGUAUGGUUUCAGCAUAUCAUUCAUUUUAUUUAGGGGUCUUAUCUAGGUCUGAAAAGAAAUAAAGCAAAUUACCUGGUAGAGCUUUAUAUGUUUAUAUAUAGGUUUUUCAUGGUGAUGCCUGUCAAUAACACCACGCCUUUAGUUCAGAGGGGAAUGUACUCUUUCUCUUUUUCCCCCCUUUUUGGGGGUAUAGGUAGAAAAAUCGUUGGUUGGUGAUUGGUAUGUGUAUAUACUAUAACUUAAAGUUUAUUUUAGAAAGAAUUAUAGCCCAUGUCA